AUGGUUAAAUUAGAAGCAAGUAAGAAGGAUCAAAUUUUGAUGCACUUUGAAGCUGAUGUUGAACUUCAUGAUUCAUCAAAAUCAUUUACAUUAUUAAAUCCUUUAAAGAAUGAUAAUGAAAAUUUAUAUAAGAUUGGUUGUAAGCUUGAUCACUAUUACAAAAAUAAAGAAGUAAUAAACGUAAUGAUAGGCCCAAGUUAUAGUGUUAGUGAUACUGAGUACUGUGGUUUUUUGAAUGAAUGGUUAAAUAGAGAAAAAAUUGAUUAUAUUUCUAGUGGAUCCAAAUGCGAAGGUAAUAUAAAAUUAUGGGAAGAAUACAUUGAAGUACUUUGGAAACAAUUAGAAAAGGAUAUACAGGAUAGUUAUUCGUGCAAAAGGAAUACAACAAUCUAUAAAUGUUCUAUUUCACCUGAGAUGAAGACUGCAUUAUCUGUGGGUUUUACGCUUCUGGGAACUUUUCUGAUUACAUUUUAUUUUUUGUAUAAAUUUAGUCCCAUUGGACCCCGAAUUCACAGUUGUCGAAAUAAAAAAAAAAGAAUAACGAAGAACAUCGUUCUAGAGGAAUCAUGUGAACUAUUAGAAAGAUCUUCUAAAAAUGUGAUUUCACACACAGAAGACGGAAGAAUUAGGAUAGGUUAUCAUUCUGCAGGUAAUUAG